AUGAGCGCGCGACUGGCUAGAUGUGACCCUCGUCUGCUGGAUUUUGUUACCUGGACCGUCCUUAAGGGAUGUCGUCUGUUUCAACGCGUUCACAUAACGCCUUUGGGACUGGUUGCUACGAGCACGAUACCCGCGUACGAUUUUGUGGCUGUUGUUCCAACUUCUACGACCCUAAGUCUUCUUAACCUUGCUGAAGAUGCGUCUUUCCCACUCAAAGUGUCACCACAAAACCACGGUGAGGAGCUUGCGUUUUGGCCCGAUCUUACAUAUGGUUCGUUUGCAUUCAUUGGGUACCUUACCAAGGUCCUGCGGAGCGGUAGUCCACGAGGGGAGCGGAGUUAUUUAGACGUGCUACCCUUCGAUCCAGGUAUGGCCAUUGGCAGUGUGGCGGAUGCCGCACAGAAGACGAAGGAUUAUUCAGAGAUGAUAGAACCCCUUAAGAGGGUUUGCAAAUCACAGGAUGUGGAGUUUAAUUUGGCCUUUCGGCAUGCUUAUUGCCUUUUCCGACGACAUGCCAUUCCGUUCUGGAGCAAUACAGAGGCGGGUGGCGCUGGCCAUCCAGAUUUCCAGCACUCGCCAUUUGCUGAGAUUGGCCAUGGGGAUAUUUUGGGAAUGGUGCCAUUGCUGGAUUUGGCCUUGCAUUCACCCGAGCCCAAUGCAUCAAUUGGAUACCCAGAUGCUGACAUGUUGCAGUGGCUGGCGCAGGAAAAAAAGGCGGGUAUACAAGUGGAUAAAGGCUACUUUGUGAUGCAGGCGCAGCGUGACAUUCAUAGGGGCGAAGUAAUCACCGUGAAUAAAAAUGCUUACUUCAACUUUGACGACGCUACAUUCACGGCGUGGUUUGGCUACCCAAAUGUUUCCCAGCAUCACCAGAGUGCCGAGGGCGUUAAGGCGCCUGCAGAGAGCUAUGACAACAUUCUAGAGGCAGGUAGUCCGGAGCUUUCCGGGAUGUAG